UACAUAUCUGUGAGCGGCAGAUCAUGGCUUCUCUUGAUCGAGUAAAGGUGCUCGUUUUAGGCGAUUCUGGUGUAGGAAAGUCCUCUCUUGUACAUCUUUUGUGCCAGAACCAGGUUUUAGGGAAUCCAUCAUGGACUGUUGGCUGCUCAGUAGAUGUACGGGUCCAAGACUAUAAAGAGGGAACCCCAGAGGAGAAAACAUACUACAUUGAACUAUGGGACGUCGGGGGCUCGGUCGGCAGUGCCAGCAGUAUCAAAAGCACCAGAGCUGUCUUUUACAAUUCAGUCAACGGAAUUAUUUUGGUGCACGAUCUGACGAAUAAGAAAUCCUCUCAGAAUCUCUAUCGCUGGUCACUGGAAGCUUUAAACAAGGAUUUGUCUCCAACGGGCGUCAUUGUCUCGAACGGUGACUAUGACCGUGAGCAGUUUGCCGAGAACCCGGUGCCAUUGCUGCUCAUCGGCACAAAGUUUGACCAGAUUCCUGAGAACAAACGCUGUGAGGUUCUCACGCGGACGGCCUUCUUGUCCGAAGACUUCAACGCGGAGGAGAUCAAUCUUGACUGCACCAAUCUGAGAUACUUGGCUGCAGGCACGUCCAAUGCAGUAAAGCUGAGCAGAUUCUUUGACAAGGUGAUUGAAAAAAGGUAUUUCACAAGAGAUACAAGUCAGAUGACAGGCUUUACGGACCGAAAGCGCUUCAACUUCAAGAGUUUGCACUAUGACUGACAACGGGGUCUGUGGUUUGACUUUAGCAAAUGUAGAUUUUCACUUUCAUUUACUCUUUGUACAAAAACAUUUACACAGUAAUCAGUCAUUUUCAAUUCAAAUGCUAUACGUAAACCAGUCAAAACUGCACAGUGUCUUGCGAUGACGAUAGCUACAGAAGUUAGCAGGAAGAUGAGAGCAAUUAUGUAAGCAAUGUUAUGUACAGUAUCUGUCUAAUGCUAAAAUCAUUAAGAAAUGUGUCGUUCUGUAAAUGCAUGUUCAAUAAACCAGAUUGACAAAGCCAAA